AUGGGCCGCGAGACCAUCGGAGAGUUCUUCCACCAUUCUGAAGUGCCUAAACUAGACCUCGUAGACCUCCACGACACCACAAACUACAAAUACACAGCGGAGCCAGAAGUGAAAAGAUCUGAAUCCUCUUCCUACGAUGGCGGACUUGCCAAGCGAAAACAAGGCAGAGGUCAACGUUUUCAAGGACAUAAAUGGAACACGUACCACUUCCUUUGGGAAGUCAACGAAUGGAUCGGACUGCGCCAUUUAUUCAUGAUAUUUUUAAUAAUCGCGUACACUACCAUUGGCGCAUAUCUGUUUUAUCGAAUCGAAUCGAAAAAUGAACGAAUAGUUUAUCCUAUUAGGAUGAAGGAGCUGAGCGCAAAAGUUUUUAGCAUAGCGAAGAAAUUUAAGAAAAAUGCUACAUGGAACUCUUCAACGAUUUUUGAAGAAUUAAAGGCCGACUAUAGAGCUCUAUCCAACUUUGACAACAUCUAUAAAUGGUCUACGUACUAUCGCACGGAAGUGCAAUACAAAUGGAAUGCUUGGAGCUCAACUUUCUUUGCAAUGAAUCUAUACACUACCGUAGGUUAUGGCACAAUCGCUGCUGAAACUUUGACUGGUAUUACUUGCGUUAUGAUCUAUACAAUGUUGUUCUGUCCAAUAACAAUGGUAAUCAGCCGUGAUUUGGGACAAUUUGGUCUUGUUUAUCUGACGAAAUUAUAUGGCUUAUUGAAGUUCAGAUUUACGUCUACGACAGAAAAAGCCAAAAUACACGCUGAUGAUCUCAUUAUUUUACCUGUAAAGUACGGAUGGCUUGCCAUGUUUGUCUUCCUUUACUACUACGACAGCCUAACAGGACCAAAUUCUGGUUUGUCGUGGUGGGAGUGCUUCUACUUUUCGGUUCAAACAUACACUACCGCUGGUUUUGGUGACAUCAUGCCUAUUAAUGUCACUUUCGACCCAAUUGUAGGCCUCGUAUACUUCUUUUGUUUGCCAAUUCUCAAAGUCGUAAAUCGAAUGACGUACUUAUACUUGGAGAAUGGAAUCCAUGGAUAUUUCGCUAUAGUGGAGUCAGAAGUAAACCGCUACUUGAAUACCGCGCAUUCUUCGGACUCAUCGAUAACAACUGCACAACUCGCAACAUGCACAAGCAAUAGAGACUAUUUGGAUACGCAAGAAUCGGAAUGGGCGAGCAAUCUUACCAUUCACUCAUUGGCUGCGAUGGCAUCCAGCACGGCCGACGUUUUCGGCGGAAAUCUUGGAAGAAUCGAUGUGAGAACGGACGAGCUGCAGCCUGCACGAGAUUCAACCAGAAACUCUAGUAAUGCUGCUUAA